ACGGGAAUUCUAAGGAGGCAAGAAGAUGUAGAUAGUGUCUCGGGGAAUGAUUAUAUUUUUGACAUCGAUUGCUUGCAGACAAUGAACGGUGUAGGUGGAAGAGAGCGACGGUCGCGUGAUGCAUCCAUAGCAGCUGUUAAUUCAUUGGACAAGCAUGGAGAUAGAUCUGAAAGUGUACCGGAGUUUUGCAUCGAUGCUGGUUCAAGCGGAAAUAUAGCUAGAUUUAUUAAUCACAGCUGCGGUCCCAAUCUGUUUGUCCAAUGUGUUUUGAGCUCACACCAUGAUGUAAAGCUUGCAAGAGUAAUGCUAUUUGCUGCGGACAACAUACCUCCUUUGCAG